AUGGGCGUACCAUUCUCACACGAAGUCCAAAAGGCCUCUGAACAUAUCGACAACAUCGCACCCACUGUCGUAACCGCGCUCCGCAAUAUCGACACUAUCGUACCCUACGUCAAGUUCGCGCUCGUGGCCAGCAUCUUGGCAUCUAUCAUCCUCUCCAUUCUUAUCGUUACCCUCCUCAUAGCUGUCAUCGCACUGCUCAUCACCGUUAACCCUGAUCUGGCUGAAGAGCGGAAGAGAUUGGUUACUCCGGCGUUGAAAGCGUGGUUGAAAGUGCCGAGUAUGUUGGUGGGAAACUCACCAGCAACACCAACGGGGGAAAGCGAGACGGCGGAAAGACGCCCGACCGGUAUUCUUGAAAAGAGAACCAACAUUGAGGAUAAAGGCGUACAUUUACAGGGUCGAAGGCGUGCUUCACCGCGGUAG